AUGCGGUUACACCGAUCUCGCCAUAGGCGAGGCCGGCCCCCUAUUCCGAUCUCUAUUCCUAUUCUCUCAGAUCUCUUCCUUUCUGCUAUAUUCUUGCCUCACCCGGUAUCUGCAACCCAUGAUUAUAACAAUAACAACUUGAACAUCCCCUCGCUUCAGGCACCUGUUCUCCCGCCACUCCUCCCAUCCCAUGACUCACCUCCCAUCCCCGCCACACAUGAGUUCUCUCUUCGCCAUAUAUUUCAUCGUGAUACCCAUCCAUACCCCGAAGAUAUACACCUCAGACUAGAUGUCACCCCAGAUACUCGCCUGGGUAUCUUGCCCGAAGACGGCACCGAAACCGAAGCCGAGACCGAGGCCGAGCCUGUCACUGUCCAUCCAACUCUUCUCGCCUCGUCAAAUCCAAUCACUAUAAAUCGACUCGCGGAUCGCCGCAUAUCCGUCAUCGAAGAUCACCUUUCAUCCACCAGUCAGUCUUCCGUUGCCCCAUGGGUCCUGGAUACACUCCCCGGUCCUAAUGUCACCGACAAGGAGACCGUCUUGACGUUUGCAAAGAUGACCGCAAACGACUACAUCCAAAUACCCGGUAGUACCUCCGAGUGGAAGACAAUUCAUGGCAAGUUCAACUAUUCGUCUAGCUUUGGCUGGAAAGGAGACAGCCUCCGAGGUCACAUCUAUUCCGACAAGGCCAACAGCACCGUGGUCAUCUCCCUCAAAGGCACAUCCCCCGCUCUGUUUGAUGGCGCCGAGACCACAACCAAUGAUAAAGUCAACGAUAAUCUUUUAUUCAGCUGUUGCUGUGGUCAGGGGGGAUCAUACCUGUGGAGACAAGUCUGUGACUGCCAAAAUGCAACCUACUCCGCAAAUGUCACAUGUAUCUCCGAGGCGAUCAAUGAUCAAAACAGAUACUACAAAGCCGCCAUCGAUCUCUAUUCCAAUGUGACCGAGAUCUACCCGAAUUCAAAUAUCUGGCUCACCGGUCACUCGCUCGGCGGUGCUUUAUCAAGUCUGCUCGGCCUGACAUUUGGCCUUCCCGUCGUGACCUUCGAGGCGGUUCCGGAGGCACUGCCGGCCUCCCGCCUUGGUUUGCCAAUUCCACCGGGCUAUGAAGCACACCAGGAACGGCAACAUACAGGUGCUUAUCAUUUUGGACAUACUGCGGACCCAGUAUAUAUGGGCACUUGCAAUGGUAUUAACUCAAUUUGCACCUGGGGUGGCUAUGCGAUGGAGUCAGCGUGCCAUACCGGGCAGGUUUGCACUUACGACACCGUGGCCGACAAGGGCUGGCGUGUCGGAAUCGGCACUCACAAGAUCCAGAACGUUAUUCGGGACGUCAUCGAGGUGUAUGAUGAUGUUCCUUCCUGCGAGUCAGACGAAGAGUGCUAUGAUUGUAUCCUGUGGAAAUUCUUCAAGAGCAACGGCUCUGAGAUCACGACGACGCUCACAACCACAAGCACCGCAUCUCCUACACUUACGAGGACAUCUACCUGCAAGACUCCGGGGUGGUGGGGUUGUCUCGAUAGUUCUACGACUACCACGACCGCGACGACAACGACCAUCGCUACCACCACCAGUGGCACUGAAAUAACAACAACAACUUGUCACACUCCAGGCUGGUUCGGAUGUAAUGACCCCACGACAACGACAUCCGCUACUUCCACCACAUCUUGA